AUGACGUCCUCUCAAGAAACGGGCUUCGGUGCGGCUGUUUUCGAAAAUUUUGGACCUGUAGACUUUGUUGAUGUCGACGCCUUCAUCGAUUCACAGUUUGAUCGCGCCCUUGGCAGUGAAGAAGAAAUAUUUCACUCAAAUCCUCAUCUUAAAACUGAAGAUGAAGACAGCAAAAUAGCAGUUGAAAGAGAAGAUGGAUCGGGAAGCGAUAUUGCAAUGGCGGCUACCUUAAAGAGCUUCGAUUUCACGUACGGAAGCUACACUCAAAUAGAGUUGGAUGCUGGAGCAAUUUUGCUAUCGCCACAAGAAGAAGCAAAAUAUAGUGGACUUAUUUGUUCUCGUUGUCGCGAAAUUAUGGACAAAGAUGAUUUUGAAGGCUGCUUUGCGUCCAGCAAAACAACAACAACACACGAAGCUACAAGCAACGGAUGCGCGGGUGGUAUUGCAUUGAAAGGUACACAAUAUAUGCUUACAUUUUGGUUAAGUUUAAGUUAAGCUUAAUUAUUUGUGUUUGCUCAUGUUUAUUGUAGCAUGCUUCAAUAUCAAUGUCUGAAAUGUAUAUGUUUUCACACACGGGCCGGGGAGAUAGACGAUACAAAUUCAGCUGUGUUUUGAUAGCUUUUUUCUGGUUUCCCUUCCUUAUUUUUCGAAACUUUGAUCUGAUCAAUCCGCAAUGCAGAUUGCUUUAAAGGGUUUUAAAUAUCACGUAUUGUUCUCGUUUAAGUUUAUUCAGCCAAUAUAUUGUUCAUAGUGUCGUUUCAAUUUAUGGUGAUCUUUGAUAACGGAUCUCAACCUGUAAGCAUUCCUUAAAAUCGAUUAAGACCAUUAGAUCAAGAUGAAAAACAAUUAAGUUAAAAAGUUGAAUUUCCUUGUCAUUAGCGAUGGAAUCAGAAACUGACUUGACCGCAGGUUUGUUUUCAUUGGCUCAUUAAAAUAUGAUGUUUGGUCACUCAGGGUAACAGAGGUUGUUUACCACUGUGUUGUUUCACUGGAAAAUUUUUUGGAGCAAUAUUGGAACGUUUAAACGGAAAUUCAUGUUUCAUUAAUUUUUUACUGCAGUCAAACCAGGUCAAGCAUAUCCCCAAGAUUAAUGUUGAAGACAUCAAUAGUUUGUCUCUGCAUUCCUGAGGGGGGAGGGGUGGUAUGCUUUACCCUGUAAAACCCAUCUUUGAUACUAGUUUCAGGCUCUCACAGCGGUUUUUGGUGAUUGACACUGAUUUCUGCAAAUUAUGGUGAACUUGAUUUUUGAAUGAAAUUUUCUGGUCCUGAAUUUUUUUGGCUAUAAUACUAAUAAAUGUCUUUAUUGCUCAUUAUAUAUCUAAUGUUACAGGAUAAAAAGAUUAGAAGUUCAGCUAAAUUACAACAGAAUAAAGAGUGGAACAUACAGUCAUGGACAAAAGUCUUGGGACACUUUUGCAUGUCUGGGAUGUUUUUCAAUUCACACAGUUCCAACCCCUCCCCUCACCCCACAAACAGUGUUGGACCCAUGUAUCCAGAUUUUUUUUCCAAGUUUCAACUUUGUAUAGGGUGGGGGGAGGGAGAACUACAAGAAAAUUUCGAAAAGGAUGCACUGUUUUAAGACAGAACCGAGAACUAUGACAGAAAAAUAUGAAUAUUGCAGUAUUGUCCCAAGGACUUUUGUCCAGGAUUGUAGCUUGAUGUCAAGGUCAUUCAGAAAUAGGUUAAAUAAGUAGGGGCUGCUCACACUACCCUGGGUUGUCCCCUUAUUUACUCCUUUCCACUCGUGAAGGUGGUUGUUGUGGACUGUACGUUGUUGUCUGUUAUAAAGAAAACUUUGAUAACAGUUUAUGAUAUAGGCAUUGAGGAGCAGCAACUUUAGUUUGUUAGAUAGUAGCUUGUGCCUGACUGAGUCGAACACUUUGCUGAAGUCCAUUGCGAAUACCCAUACUGCCUCAUUAACCUGAGAUCAGGCUCUAUUUUUGUUUUGCUUUGAAAAUUACAUUCCGGCUGGGCGGGCAAGGUGAAACGAAAAGAGGGCCUGAUACAAACCUUCUACGAAAUGUCUGCUGCCCACUUUUUUGAUUGAUUGACAUUUACCGAAUCAGCCAACCAACAUUACUUCCGUUGCUUGUUUUUCUAGUAUGCAAAUUUUUCACGCGUGGGAAAAAAGCAGACUGGCUUUUAUCUUUUAAUUUUUUCACCUAAAAAUAAAACAGUUAGCACAAUCACAUUUAACUUCUUGCGAGAUUAAAGAUUUAUGUACUUAAAAUCGGGGAAAAUUGCCAAGGAAAAUAUUAAGGCAACAGAAAAAUAGAAAUUUCAGUAUUUUAAACUCGAGCGCGCCUAGCCAAAAUAAAACUAGUAGAACAUCGUGUCGCUGUCUUUUCGAAAACAUUUUACCUUCUAUGCCAACAGAAAUAACUUGCGAGAUCUCCCGUAAAAACAAAAGCAAACAGCCAACGAGCGAGGACACCAGUUUUCCUUGUUUAUUUUUUACAAAAAGCGAAGGAAAAAGCGUUACGGCCAAAAUUUGGCCGUAAUGAGCACAAACAAGAGAGAGUUUGUAUCAGGCCCAAUUUUAGCGGUAGCCGUUAGAGAGAAUGUAUGAGAACCGCUAAAAUUGGGCCUGAUCUCAGGUUACUGCCUCAUAGUGUGGAUUAUCUAAGUGUUUGUUGAUAAAGUGCUGGAUCGAUCGCUAACAGUGCACUAGUGCAAUUUCCACUUUCAUGGUAAGCAAAUUGAUCGAGUGGUGCUUAGAUUUUCCUCCACAGCCUACUUCACAAAGGUGUUAUAAACAGCUUUCUCAAACGCCCUGGCUGUAACUAGAGUGAUAUUUAUGCUACGGUAGUCAGUUCCAAAUGUGACUGAGAAUUGGUGUUAAAAUCUCAUAAGUCCAAACCAUGACUGGAUGCUUUGCCCAUGUGAUUAUUAGUGUGCAUGAAUGCAUUGAUUAAUUUUUGUCCUUACUAAACCAGAUAUUCUGUUUCUUUGACAAAGUGGAUUCAAUAAUCCAUAAUAGCCUGCGGGCAAGCUCUCCAGGACGCUCUGGCAACGGGGCAGGAAAAGGAAGGAGAGGUUCCAUCUCUGGAAUUUGAAUUCUGCCUCGUUCCCCUCUGGCUCCCUGUUGACUGAGCUGUCAGAUUUCUGCCAAUCAGCACAAAGCAGAAACAAGCGUGAAUGUAAACAAACAUUGAAAAACACAUGUAAGCAUGCGCCAAGGGUAAUGACGUCAUCACUAAUGUCUAAUGUCAUCUCCUCCAAUCAGCAUUUUGCAUCAACUUUUUGAUGCAAAUAAUUCAAAUUCCUGAGAUGUAGUUGCAAGCUCUCCUUCCUUUUUCUGGCUUGAUUGUAACUAUUUGUUUUUGCGCUAAAACUUACACUUAACAAUGCGAAACUUGACUCAAAGUUUGAAAACACAGCAGGUUUUUGAGCACUAGGUUGUGAUUUUUUUGUUAAUUAAUUAUAAAAAAGCACCUUGAAAUACUUUGAAAAAUUCCGUCCUUAUGAAGUCCUUGCAGCCAUUUUUGUAACUGGUACUUUUGACUUUUGAGCCCCUUCUCAAAAUUAAGGGUUGAAAUAUCACUCUUGCUAAGCCGGAUUGGUGUAGAGGUUUUUUAGAAAGAUUUUGAUGCAAUAUAUUUAUGUCAGUCUUUAAUGUUUACAACUGUGUUAAAAUUUUUGUAAAUUUCAAUAUAUCGCUGUGUAACCGCUAACAUGAAAGAGUGACCAAACCCUUGACAAGCCUAACCCAGGGGAGCUUUUGGAAGAGGGUGUAGGAUAACUGUACCUAAACUAAAAGUGUAAACUUUGGAUACAUAUAUACAUGUAAUCAGAAGCAUUUUCUUUACCAUAGAUCCCAAAAGAAGUAAUACAGCUGCCAGCAGCAAUACAAAACAAUAGUAUUUUUAUUAUUGCUUUCAUUACAUCCCUGUUUGACUACCCCUCUCACCUUUACUAGCUUCCCACAAGGACACCUCACAGUGCUCGACUUUCAGAAAAAAAUCUUGGGGCCAACUGGCCCCCAAGUUUUCAUUUUUGGUCGCCAGAACAAGUAUUCUAGUCGCCAAAAAUUAUAUUUAAGAACUAAUGGGAUAAAAUAAACUUAACAUCUUUAACUUAGCCUUAACAGAAAAUGAAUGGUUUAGACUUCCUUUGAACUUUCUUUCGAAUGGUUUUCGCUGACGCUCGAUUACCAGCUGGUGUUCUGUAAAAUGAAUCCGCACUGAAGCGUAAAUCUCCUCAAACAGGUUUUUUAAGCUUAAGGUUCAGGAAAUGGAAUACACAUUAAAAAAAAAAAAAUUUAGGAAUCACAAAAAAACUUUUUGGGUUAUGAAAGAACAAAAUCUGCAAAAUUUGUUUUGCGUCCCAUGUAUUUGCAUGUUCAGAACUGAACAUCGGUGAAACUUCAUCUAUUGCGCGGUUGCCUAACACGUGAUCGAAAGUCUCCAGAAAGACCAGAAAGAGGAAACGUUGCUAAUGUUUUCGGGCAAAGAAGUUGAUUUCGCGAGAAGUCUGUUAGACAAACAGCAUGACUUCAACUUUACUUAAUUAGAAGUCAAUAAAAUAUGGCAGAGCCUUUAUUUGUGUCGUCAUGCUCAACAGAAAUUUGCGUAAAGUUGUUUACAAGAAUUGCGAAGCUUGAGAAGUAAGCACCGUUCGUUCUCGAUUAGCUUCGAUUAGCUUGAGCUUUUAUCAGACUAAUCUGUUAUCGAGUCCGCAAUCGAGAUACAUGUUCGACAUAAAGAAAUUGUUUUAAAUAUCGAUGUGCUUAAAGUCAUUCCCGGAGAAACACGAGACGAUCUGUUGAGAAUUGCGAUCGAUUUGUCCGAAAGUCGAUUAAAGUCUUCCGUCGAAUUCAUUCAUUUCACAAUCCUCUUUCAAGUAAACGUAGAUUAGAGUGUUGGAAGAAAUCGUUAAAGCCUUUAGACAAAUCGUUAAAACAUUUAGACAAACCGUUAGAGCGUUUGGGCAAAACGUUAGAGCGUUAGAAAAACCGUUAGCUAUCCGUUAGUUGUGUAAAGGAUAACAAAUUAUCAUUAGUGUACGUUUACCCAAAGAAGAAAGUCACCUAUCUUGGGGGCCAGGUUGGCGACCAGGCGUGAAAAUUUAGUCGCCACUGAGUAAAAGCUGGUCACAUUGGCGACCCCACGGGUCGCAACGCCGAGCCCUGCCUCACCUUUACUACUUCCCACAAGGACACUUUAAGGACUUUGUCACACAUUCCCCACCCAGGUUUUGCUCGACUGCAUACUGUAGCUUUUGAAACUCCAUUGCCAGCAGAUGGAACCAUUAGCAUUUCCUGAUGGCUGACAGAAUGUCAACCUGUCAGCAGAUGUCAUAUUUCCAGUGGAGACAUUAACCCUUUAAGUCCCAAAAGUGACGAGGAUCAAUUUUCAUCUAACAAUAUCAAUACACAAUCAAAAGAAAAGGUUGUAGAGAAUUAAUUAAAUAAUCACCUAAGAGAAAAUGCUUUAAUCCUCUACCAAAUUCUUUCAACUUAUUUUUCAUAGGCCUGUAGAGAGAUCAGUUUUGAGAAUUAUUUUGUAUGUGGAUAUUGGGACUUAAACGGUUAAGGAAUACUAUCAGUUGUUUUGUGGUGUGCAGUAUCUGACAUGAUUUGUAUUUGCUCAUUUUUCAGACAACAAAAUAUUCCUCACCAGUAUUUUAGACAUUAAGAAACUCUGCAGUUCUAUAAAACUCCAAAGAAUAAUUAUUUAUGGUAACCUUCUUUUUCAUUUAUUUUAGAGACAUUGCCUGAUCCAAGAAAUGUGGUGGUUACAGAACUGCAGCUAUCUGACAUCAGUGAUGAUGUAGGGACUUGCUGGCGUGAAGUUGGACCAAAGUUACUCAUCAAAGCAUCAAAGAUUCACAACCUUGAUGAUGAGUACAAGAGUAAUCGAGACAAGGCAAAUGCUCUUCUAAACUUGUGGAAACAACAGGAGGGAAGUAAUGCUACAGUUGGCCGUCUAGCUGAUGUUUUGGAGAAGAUAGGAAGAAGGAGCAUUGCUGAAAAACUGCUUGGUGGGUGAAUGAAGUAGUUAUGUAGUAAUAUUGAAAGAACAUAUGAUUCUUGUCAGUAUUCAGGGCUCCCAACUUUUGCUCCUGGGUGACUAGAAAAUGUUAGGUUUUUCAUACAAAUAAUUUGUAAUUAUUAUUACAUGCUGGACACCCAAGGUUUCACAGGUUGAGAGAACUGGGCUCCCUUUAAUUUUUCUUAGGGAACAGCCUUGGUAUUAACCAGGGAGGAGGGGUGGGAGGGGGGUACUCCCUUUGAUGUCCCAUGCAGGGAGACUUUGCCUAAAAGGGGUACCUUUUCCAGGCUUCAGGUUAUGAAAGGGCAGGCCGAGGGGAUUUCACUAGUUGAGAUUAAUGAAACAGUAGGAGAAUCUGUCAUUGCAAUCUGCAGCUGUGAAAGGACCUAAAAAAUCUAAGUGGCAUAUUUUAUGGCUGUGAAAAAGAUGAGAAAAGUUUCUGGUUUAUACAAUAUGUAAUUUACUCAUAUCUACAAUGUAAGAAACACCCGUACAAAACUUGCAGCGCUGUACAGCAGCGCCACAAAAUCGCUUCAAAAUAGCUGUACAGCUAAAUUACAGCAGCACUUUAGAAGCCAAACAGUAGCUUCAUUCAAGUUGCAAUGUUUGCAGCGCAGUUGCAAAAUGAGACUGUUGAAGAUUUGUUAUAUGUCAUCCCUUGUAGAAUCAGACACUAUGUAGAAUCUAUGCAAAUGCUAUGUCACAAAGCUAUGUAAAACCUAUGUUAAUGAGUCAUACAUUCCUUUCACCAGACCCUAUGUUGUUUCUAUGCCAGGACUAUGUUUUUUGUAUCGAAAAUGCUAUGUUUUCGCUAGUCAAACGGAACCUACUUAAAAGCUAUGCAGUUUUUAAAGGAAGGAAUAAAGGCAGAAAUGACAUAGUUUCCACAUAGCCUAUACAUACAAUUUACUUAGCUUUCAGAAAGAGAUUUUAGACUUCAUAGUCAACCUCAUAGAAAAAUCAUAGGAAAUAAAUAGCCUUCACAUAGGACUGAAAUAGAGUUUACAUAGUAAAAUGGAACAGGGGCCAGUUGAUUAAAUAGCUUUUGAAUAGGGUUUGCUUAGAAUUCAGAUAGCCUAGGAAUAGUGAAAACAUAGCCUUUUUUAAAGAUGACAUAUACUUUGCAUAGCAUUAAAAUAGGGAAAACACAGAACAAAUAGUCUUUGCAUAGGUUUGAAAUAGGAUUUUAAUAGUAUUUGAGUAGGUAAAACAUAUCACAUACAUAGCCUUUAAUUAGAGUUCAAACAGAAAUUACAUAGAAUUGACAUAGUCUUUUAUGUUGGUAGGUUUUGAUCUGCUUAAGCAAAUGUAGUGUUUAAAAUACCCUCGUAAAAAUCACCAGAAUAGUAAAAAUAGUAUACACAUAUGAAUUAGAAUAUCUUUUACAUUGGUAAGAAAUGGGUUUUGACACGAAAAAUUGAAAACUAUAGCAAUAUAAUACCACGAACACGCAACACAAAUGCAGUAUUUUCAUGGAGCAGUUUCAGAAUCGAAACCCCAAGUUAAAGUUUGCUUAAUUUGCUUAUCGUGUAGACUUUUGGCUGAUGUCGUGCUCUUCAGUGCCAUACACUUUUCCUUUGACUGCAACGAAUAAGUAUCUGCAAACAGAGAGUUGAGAUUUUAAGGCAAAUGAACACAAAAACAACCUGACGUUUUAGAAUUGAAACGAACGAGUAUCGAAGCGUGAUCGAAGGUGACCGAUCCAACUUGUUCAGGUACGCGAAAAGGGGAGACAACACGGGUAAAUCGAAACUCAAAUUGAGAAAAACAUCACUUACCAACGUUAGGAAUACUUUUUGUUGAACCUGGCAGGAAAACGACUUUAAAUUGAAGUAAAAAGAAGCGUCUUCUUGUAAAAACGCACGCUUUACAGUUCGUCUUCUUUGACUUGAAAGUGCCCGCGUGGAAUCAGCCAAUUUUCACACCUUUUCAUUGGUUGAAAAGGCCCAUGUGACGAUAAAGCGCUAAAUACGCAUGUGUUGAACUCACGGGCUUCCCUGGGAACUAGUGGAAACAAAAUGGCUGACAAACACCGAGGACUGCAACAAGCGUUUCGCAGUUUUGACCAUGAAUUCAGGAGUCGUCCAUAAUCAAGACGAAGGAUCGAAGCUAAUAUAAAAGGAGAAAAUGAUGCAUGGAGGUAUCAUUUCAAGCGAAGAAACUCUAGGGAAAUAAAAGCUAGAAAGGAAAGUUAAGUCAGGAAUGAUGGAUGUAGCGAUUCAAUGCUUUACAAAAAUCUUCUCACUAAGAAACUAUCUGCAAGCACAAAAAAAAUUGUAGUAAAUGAUUUUUAAGUUUUUUAGUGUUAAACACUGCUUUUUACGUUGGAAGUAUGCUUUUUGUAAGCGCUAUUUAACCUGUACAAUCAACAUGCCUAGUAUUUUAAAAGGUAUGUUGAAAUAUCACAUAGGAAACGCAUAGUAAGACUACAUAUUUGUCAUGAGUGAAAAUAUAAGAAAAAUUACGUUUAUGUAAAAGCUAUGUAACCUUUAUCUCAUGAUAAAGCUAAAUUAAAAUGUCACAUAGUGAAAACAUAGGCUGCAAAUAUGUUUCAUCACUUAGCAUAGAAUAUACAUAGCACUAUGUAAAAGCUAGGAAACUUGUUGGAAAUAAAAUUGAAGAUCGAGAUGCUAUGUAAAAGCUAUUUUGCUUUGUUGCAUAGUAAAUACAUAGGAUGCAAAUCAGAAGGAAAAGCAGAACUUUCUAUUGCAUAGUAAAUACAUAGCUAUGUAAAGACUAUGAAAAGAUUUUGAAUAGUAUUUGCAUAGGUAUUAAAAAGCUAUGUACUUUUCAAAUAGCCUAAACAUAGUUUCAACAUAGAUUUUGCAUACUUUGGACUAUGUAGUGUGGUAUGCUACAUAGUUGAUACAUAGGCAGUAGUGAACAUAACAUAGCUGAAACAUAGUCCAACAUAGUAAACAAAUAGCAUGAGCAUAGGUUUUGCAUAUGUCUGGUUCUACAAGGGAUGUGCUUUUGUAAUGUGUGCGCGUUAACAAAGUACAAGGUGCAUUUUGACUUUCCAGUGGUUUUUACUCAGCUACUAAGGCCUUGUCUACUCCUCUACUAUGUAUCAUGAUUAUUGUAUUAUUGGAGCCUGCAUUUCUUUUUUUUGUAGUAACAAGUGGUAGGCCAUUACUGGUAACAACAUUCUUUGUCUUUUCGAAGCCACUUUGGAAUUUUCUGCACCGCUGCAAAAUUGCUGUUUAUCACUGUCAAAGGGCUUUCCACUCAGCCAAAAUUUGUGACUGCUGAAGCCAGCGCUUUUUUUAAUUACAGCUCUUUUGUAGCGCUUCUUGAAGCCAUUCUGCAGCGCUACAGCAGCGCUGCUCGUUUCACACGGGCAGUGCAUUUAUAGCAGUUAAAAGGGAUGAAAGUGUGAAAGGGGUACCUGUGUGCUGUACCUUGUUGAAGUGAUGUUAAUGCAACUGUCGCUGUUGUGGUACCUUAAACUCUGUAAAAUCAUUGAGAUCCAGAAAUUUUGCGACCAUGGUACAGUCGACUCCCAUUAUUGCAGACACCCUCUGGACUGUGGUUUAGUGUCCGUAAUAGUGAGAGUCCGUAGUAAUGGGGUGGGAGAAAAAAAUUCUUGAUAUUAAAGGAAAUACAUUUAUUUAUGUUGUACAUUGUCUCCAAAACCAAUUACAGUGCAGUUUUUGCAUAUAAAGAGUGUCAGAACUUUAUUUACAAACAAGACAAAUCGUAAUGGAACAAAACUUACAUCUUCCUUUCAUUCACCACAACAGUCAUUGAAAAAUUUGUUGUACACAAAAAGUAUAAAGUACGGUACUAGAAAAUUCAAUUUAUGUACAUUAAGUACAUCAUGACUGCAAUUUUUUGUAAGUAAGUACAAUAGUUUCAUAGAAGGAUAAGUUAAAAGGAAAUUGAAAUGUUCAUUUCUCAACCAAAGUGACACUGAGAUGAAGAUAACUCUGCCAAAAUGUUGAAAGGGGCUUAUUGAUGUCUGUCACUGUUGAAACUAAGAGAGGUGUCCGUAAGUCCAUAAUAGCGGGAGGUUAUUUCAGUUAAAAUAUCUGUAAUUUUCACUAGGGAUUCAGCAACUGUCCGUAUUACCUGGGUGUCCGUAAUAGCAAGGUGUCCACAAGGCUAGGCAAGAGUUGACUGUAACUUACCAAACUUACACUUUCUCCUUAAUUGAAACCAUUUUAAUUUGCAUUUCCUUUUGAUGGGGUACAAGAGUUCAUAUAGGGGGUCCAAUUCUAUUUUCAGAUACAUGGGAUUAAGAAAGUUCAUUCUUGAACUUCUUUCAUUUUUAAUUGUAAUGUUUUCUUUCUUUUUUUAGGCAAAGGUUUAUUGCCAACAUGUGAAAAAGUUUCUGAUGGUGAAGAGAUUGGUUUAACAGUGAAGUGCAGCUUAGAGACAGAAUCAGAUGGGAAGGUAAUAUUAAAAAUUCGCCCCUGAUUGAACUGCCAGUGAAGAUCUGUUUUCUAUGUAUGGCUUGUGACGGAGUUUGACUUAGAGCUGUAGUGGUCACGUGUUGUGGUUCAUGGGUUGGAUUUCACGGGUCCAUUUUAAGAUGUAAUUUUAACUUUACAAGGCAAUGUUUUAGCCAGAAGGGUGUCCAGCCAUCCCAUGGAUGCCCAUUUUUGGAAGAAAUACAAAGAAAAUUUUUCACUUAAAUAAUAAUAUUUUAAUGUUAUGGGAAAACAUGCCUUCCGGAUGGCCAGUUUUCAAUGUCUAAAAGCCGAUUUCAUGGUUUUGUGAAAUACUCAGUUUAAUCUGUGUGAGGCACUUUUCACUAAUUUUGUUAGCUACCAGCUGACUUCCAUCUGCCCCCGCAACAUGUGACCAUUAGUCAAACUCCAUGUGACAUCAUCAGUUUUAAUUGUCAAGGGCAACCUUAGCUUGCUAUCUAACAUGUGCAAGGGUAAGAGAUCUUUCAAACCACACCAGAAUAAUGAACAUGAUUCUCUGAUUAGAUAUUUGUCAAAAUGAAAGAAUCCAAUCAUUUACUGUUUUUGUGGAUAAGAUACCCAAAAAUUCCGAAAAUUAGCCCCGGGGCUUACAUAUUUCAAAGAUCCUUUUUGAGGGGCUUAUUUUUGGAGGGGCGUAUAUUCGGAGAGGCUUAUCUAUGGAGGGAUAUUUGCGUUUCAAAAUCGAUUGGGCUAGCCUUAUAGUUGGAAGGAAAUUUACAGUUUUUGCUUUGUUUUACUUUGUAUUUGAGGGCAAUUUCCAAGUACAAGCCCCCCGGGGCCUUAUAUUUGGAGGGGCGAUAUAACGGAGGAUUUUUUGCGUUAUGAGUUUGAGGGGCUUAUAUUUGGAGGGGCUUAUACAUGGAGGGGCUUAUUUUCGGAAUUUUACGGUAUUUUUUUUAAAGGCCCUCUCAUAGGGUGCGAUAAAAAAUCAUAAAUUAUAUGGCAUUUUCAGGGCAGAUUGAAAGGAGAAAAAUCACUUUAAAGUUAAACUUUAACAGGCAAUUUGAAUGUAAAAGAAUAAUAAAACAUCUAUUUUAAAACCAAACAGUUAAAUUUGUUUAAUUUAUAUCUUGACCCGGAAAAGAAAACAAAUAGAAAGAAAGAAAAAGGACACUUGUGUAAUGUUACGCGAUGCGGUUACACAGCUGACCACACUGCUUGUCUCUGAAAUCAAAAUGGCUGCCCAGAUACCAAGAUCGAAGUUUUCAGAUGUCUUGCAAGGCUUUCUUUAGUGGUAAAUCACCUUUACAUAACAUUAAGAUUGGGAAAAUGUUUGAUUAAAGUUUGCUUUACUUGACUUUAGCAUUUUUUUUACGAAUUAUGUGAUUUUCCUCAAAUAUUGUGAUCAGAUGCAAUUUGAGGCCAAAUGUGCAAAAUAGCACCAUCACAUAAUAAUUAUCAGAAGGCCUGAUAUACCGUACUCGUGUAAUAAUUAUUUUUUACUUUCUGUACAGCUUAUGUUGUGUGAGGAUACUUGUGGAACUAAAUUCCUUGUCAAAGCUAUUAACAACUGUGAUAGACCCUGGAAUUCUGAAGAGGUAAAUAUGUUUUUUUUUUUCACAUGAGAGUUGCCAUUUUCAUUAUAAUAAGGAGGCAGCAUGGGGAGCAAGGGAUGGCACAGUGGUGAGAGCACUUGCCUCCCACCAAUGUGGCUCUGGUUCAAAUCCCAGCAUCAAUGCCAUUUUGAUAUACAGGGUUGAGUUUGUUGUUGGUUCUCUCCGUUGCUCCAAGACGUUUUUCUCCAGGUACUAUGGUUUUCCCCUCUCCUUAAAAACAAACAUUUCCAAAUUCCAAUCUAACCAGGAAUCAGGUAGAUGAAGAAGUACCACUUUGUGGAUGUGCUACCUUUAAAUCAGGGGCAGCGCACUUGCCUUUAAGCAAAUAUAAUUUAAUAAGCUCGACAGGCUUACAAGUGAUUCGGACAGUAUGAUAAUAUAUUUUUUAAAAAGAGAUGUACUGGCAAAGAGCAGUGUAUUUCCCUUUGGUCGAUCAUUCUGCCACAACAGAAUCAUUUCUUAGUACAAUAAAUUAUCUUGUUCCAGCUUUCAACAGCGGAGUACAAGAUACAUGUACAUGUACAUUGUAUAAGCUAUGUAUAAGCUUUAUAUAUGAAACCUACAAAACCGAUCUUUCAGAGCAGAGAGACUUUGACAAUGAAAUUUUAAGGUGGCAAACAAAGUGGUCUCAUUUAACUGAUAAAAAACCAGUGACCCUCACAGAGACACUUCAUUAAUCCAGACCUUUAUCCCAACGUGGUCACAAUUACUACCAUCCUCCUGACAAUGCCAGUGUCAACUGCUACCCCUAAAUGAUCUUUUUGCACCAUGUGCAGAGUGAACACGUACUUACGUUCCACGAUGAAAGCAGAGUGACUCACAGCACUUGCCCUGAUGCAUGCUUACAGAGACAUACCCAUUGAUGUAGAAGCCGUGAUAGUUGGCAAAUGUCGCUGGCUGCCAGCUCUUAUUGAAAACCCUAUAAUAGGUCUCUCAUGGUAAGAUAAGAAGGAGAGGACAGAGAGAGACCUCUGCCAGGCCUCCGAUGCAUUUUCUAUCAUGCAUAUAUUAGCAUUUCCAUAACAACCAGUUGAGUACUGAAGGAUUUAGUCACGUGACACAACUUACAGAACAAGUUUGCACAUCAAUAAGCAUGCAUGAGCUCAGAAAUUUCUAAUGACAACACCAAGCCUUACUGGAUUUCAAAACUGGUUUUGUUUAAUGAGGAAUACACGCGCCCUAUUGAGACUGUAGGCUGGCUACAUGAAAGAAUGCAUCAGAGCCUCACUCUCUUUACUAUCAUUUUUCUCUGGCUGUGAGAGAUCUCUGCUAGCAGGGAUUAACUUCAAUGAUAUUACAACAGCAAUUUCCUUAAUAAUUAUUAUUACGUAUCAAAAACUCGUUCCAGUUUUUGUGGUCUUUACAGCAAGGAACCCAAAACUGUGACCUCCUUUAAUUAAUUCACAUUCUUUCAUGCAGACAUUAACCAAUCAGAAGUCGAGGACAGUUUCCAGCUGGCAUCUGAUUGGAUAAUAAAUCUACACGAAAGAAUUAAUGCAAAUAAAUCAAAAGCGGUCACACUUUUGGGGUUCUUGCUGUAAUGGUGGCCACAAUAACAGGUUUAAUCCAAAUUUCAUGAAUUAUUUUGCAUCUUUGGGGAUUUUUAUGCGUCAGGGGCGCAGGAUGCAGAGAUAAGAAAAUCACUGGGCUUAAUAGGGUUUUCACAAUUCUUUUUUAUGAUUGUUUUGAAUGGUUAAUGGAGAGUGGCCUCUUAGUAGGUAGCCACUUAUUAAUGGUGGUUCAAUUUACUGUACUCUGUAUUUUGUCUUGUAGGUACAGAAGAAUAAGGAGUUUCUUGAGAAAGUAGCAGCAGCGGCCAAAGAAAUGGGCAAAACAGUGGAGCAGAGACGUCAAGAAAGCUUGAAGCGCAUUUCUUCAGAGGUUCAAGAACUAAGACAGCAGCUGAAAAGAGUAAAAUUGGAUUCCAGUGAUGCAGAAAGUUGUGCUGGCAGCGGUUACUUUAAACAGAUCACACAACCACUGAAAAAUGAUCAGAAUGAUGUAAAAAUGUCUUCCCAAGACGUAACACACUUGUUACAUUCAUGCGAGGAACAGCACACAUUCUGUCAAAGUAUUUAUAAUGCUCUUAUUCAGCUGAUUGGAGAGGUUGCUCCACUGGGAGAAGACAACUUCAUGUGUAUUAUGCAACUUUAUGACUUCACAAAAGAAUUGAAAGAACAGGAAAAAACAUUUUUACCCAAAAUUGAAGUCCUUCGCAAUCUAAAGGAACAGUUAAAUAGCUUGCAAGUCGCUCAUUUGGAAGAAUUAGAAAAGUGGAGUAGAGCACAAAAAGAGCAAGUCCAAGGAGUUGAAAAGCUGCUAUUAAGCUUGCUUCAUCAGGGGAAAUCUCAAGUAAGGUGGAUUUAUGAAGAUAUUUUUAAGAAAUCUAGUCAAUUAGAAAUUUUUCAGAAUUUUUUAAGAAAUCUAGCCAUUCUGUUUUAUUGAUGACAUUUGUAGUUCAUUAUUAAUAACCUUUUUGUGAGUGACCUCAAAGUUACAAAUUUAUUAUAUUUUGCUCUUAAUUUAUUUCUUUAUUUCCUACAUGUAGGUGCUCUUUGUACUCUUUUUGAGUGCAGCUGAGUGUAAUACUUUGGUUGAGGGUCAUGUAUAGUUUGAAGGAACACUAACCCACACAAAGUCCACAAAGCUUAACUAAAUGCUUGUCCAAUUUCUUUGAUUGACACACAAUUCAUACAUAACCCAUUGAUAAGGCCAGUUCUUUAUUAAGUUUCCAUAGCAACAUGCAAACGACUGGUCCUAAUAACAAUGCUUGGUCUUGAUUGAGUGUCCAUAGCAACCAACAGAUAAUCCACUGAUUAAAAGGCUGGAUCUAAUGUAGUUUCCAGAGCAACAUGUAACCCACAGGGAACCAACCUACAUUUUGCAAUGCCACCACUGGUUUUCCCGUGAAAUGACGUCUGAGAAACGAGCGCAAAAAAUUCCAUUCUGAUGACAUGUCACUACCCAGAUCUGGGUAGUGCUUCUGAUUGGCUGAAGUGAAGCAAAUUUCCCACGCCGCACGACCAAUCAAAAGCACUAUCCAGACUGGGUAGUGUUGUGUAAUCAGUAUGAUAUUUCAGCGCCCGUUUCUCAGGCGUCUGCUCACAUGGCAUAGAACGAAUUUUCGACUGAUUGAAAAUUCGUAUUUUCUUGUGCUGUUCACGCGGAACCACACCAACUGUGCGAAAAUUUAGAUGCUAGUCGUCGAAGUCGAGGUCGAACUGUUGACUGAUAGGGUAGAAAACUUGUCUGGCAAGGCGAGAACACCAUAACCAGCUAAAUUUUGUACCUUUUGUACGGCAAAGGUGUGGUUGCGCGGAUGCGUGGUGAACUCAGCUGGGCCACUUUAAAUAUGCUUGAGUAGUGCUUUGCGUAUGGGCAGAUGGUAGAACCACUCAAAAAAGUAAAAAUUCAACCUGAUUCUUUAUGUCCAUGUUCAUCUGGUGUCGUGUGAAACGUAGCCUUUGAUUUUGUUUUACUCAAUUUCAGAAAAUUUUAAAGCGAAGAUCAGUGCCUGUCAUUGGUGCAAAACCACCGCUUGUAAGAAGGGUAAGUAACCAUAGUAACGCAGUUACCAUAGUAAUCGUAUUAAUUACUUUAAGAACUGUCUUGCUUUUCCGAGCAGGCAGCUGUUAGAUUUCCCGUACAUGUAUAAUUUAUAGUAUUCUCUUUCAGGGAUAGUAAAGGAGGAAUCUCGAUUUGCGCACCGUCAGCGCGAUGUGGGUAUUGGGAGGUGUAGUAACACGAUAACGCCAAGUGUACAUGGAAGCGGGGAGCCGACUAGUUACAUUUUUAUUACUAAGAAAUUGCCUAGGUGUAUUUUGACAGGUUCUCUAUCACAAAGUAGACCUUCUUAUUAUUUGGGCGUCACCCUAAUAGAGUAAUUGAGUUCGCUUGUUUUGAUUCAAAGUUGAAAUAGACACGCAGUACGUGCGAACGUAAACGAGCCAAGUGAACAAGCCAAGCGACGCGAGUGUCUGCCGCUGUGUCACAACACAGCAUUUAUCUUCGUUGCAUACGACCCACAGAUAACGCACGGCAAACAAAUCGACAAGGUACACUGAGUCAAACAAACUAUUAAUAAUUUAAAUUUCCCCUUUGGAAAGUAAUCGUCCUCGCAGCACACGGUAUGAAUGGUUAUUGCCAAGAGUUGGACGAUAUUUUUGCUCUCAGUUCUCGAGCGCCAUUCCAUGAUCUCGUGCACGAGAUUAUUAAGGGUAACAUAGACUGAUGCAUAAUUUCAUUGCAUAUUUUCGGAAAGGAGGUGGUUUCUUUCAAUGUUAUUGAGCAAAAUGGCCUUGUAAACAAGUUGCAUUCUUUCACGGUCGAACAGUAUAAGGGGCGGAGUCCAACAUCUUCACGUGCAAACCGCGUUCUAUUUUUAAAACCCUUGGGUUAAUUAGAUCAAGUCGUAUUUCCUCAUACACGAACCGCGAAAGUUGCCAAUUCCAUAGCUUUCACGUGCAAACUGCGUGACAAUACAACUCACUGUAAGGGCCUAAUCACAUGAGCCGGGGAAGCAAUGCGCAUGAACAGUGUCCUACUGUCCUGUUACUCGCUUGGUUCAUUCGCCGGUCCGCCCGGCUGCCCGGCAAGCGUUAUUUUCUGGAAAAUUUCCUCCCGGGAUCCCGGCAUCGCAAUACUGGGAUCCAAGCUAACCAGGCUGGCUCGGUUGUCAUAUAAUCGCGAAGUUGAUUUUUGUUGCAUUGAACUAAGGUGCUGGUAUCUCUGCAAAGCGAGCCAGCCCGGCUCAUGUAAUCAGGCCCUUAGUUCUAUAGCUAGAUUUUACACCCUACCCUUGACUUCACCGAUUUUUUAAAGCCCCCGAGCACACACAAAAAAAUUUCAGCCGCCCCUCCACCAAAAUCUUCAUACCCCCUUCUCUAUAUUAAAUGAAAUUUUGGCCUUAUCCAUGUUCUCUUCAUACAAAUUUAUUCGAAAAUAAGCGAAAAACAGUCCUAAACAGGAAGACCAACAUCGUUUAAAAUAAGUACAAGUAUGUUUUCGACUAUUAAUAAGAUCUUUCACAACUACCACUUCAUUUAAACACACUGUAACUACACUAUCCCUUCAUAACCAAAUUAGCACUUCCACAACUACCUCACUGCAACACCUGAAAUCACUUUUACCCCCCAAAAUAAAUAUUUUUUACUUCGUAUUCAAUUCGACGAGAAACAAGUUUCAUUGAUUAACAAACUGCAGCCAUUAUCUUACCAAUUCACGUCCAGUAUAACUCCACGCCUUCCACUUCACGCAUCUCAACCAACCCCUAAAAUAUACAACGCUACUGCACUACUCAGUUAUACCUAAUACACUUAAAAAGCCUCACACACAAACUCUGGUGGGGCUUAGGCUUCGCUUUCAUGCUCACGUCGCAAGUGUGUAAGGGUUUGAGGUCAGUCAUAGCAAGGAGAAAUUCUAAAUAAAAAAAAUUGUUUGUUCAUUUGUUCACUCAUUCAUUUAAUCAGUUAAUAAAUGAAUGGAUCAAUCAAUCAAUCGUUCUUUUUCUUUCCAGAGGACUAAAACUGACUCAUCAAAGAGUGCUAGCAAGUCACAAAGCCUCAGUGAGCUCCCAGGUGCUGAUAAAAAGUUUGUCAUAUCAGGACCAGUGUGUGUUCAGCAGCUGCAUUGUUUGGACUCAGACAAGAAACUCAACAAUAAAAAGGUUUGUAUUUCAUCGUCAUUGUAAGCACUCUAUCAAGUUUUCCAACCAGCGUAGCAUGCAUGCACCACUUCAGAGAACUUUGAGCUUCUACUGUGGCCUGUUCACAGACCCUCUAUUUUCUCGUCAAGUGCUUGUGAUAAAAAAUGAAAACCGCGGGGGAUUAUUGACCGCCAAAUAUAAAAAACGUCCGACUAGCCCUACGGAAUUUCACGAAAGUUAUUUUAAGACGUAGACACUAAAAAUCAUUCGGAAGUUGAAAUGGUUUCCAGAGAGGUCCGUAAACUUUUAUUCAGUUUUUGUCGAGAGAGAAUUUAAUAGUCGCCAUUACAAUACUUAUUCUACAUUGUUUGCUGUGAGUUAUAUAGUCGCACAUGGACUUGAUAACGUUCAAAAGAAUCAUUUAAAAUGUGCGAACGUCUCAGGAAUAAUUACAACCUCCAAAAAUAACUUUAGUGAAAUUCACAUAUCCCAUAAGACAUUGACUUUUUGGUUGAAGUAAAGGUCUGAGUGGGAUCUUCUUACCAGGGUUUAGCCCCCGGGGGUGCAUCCUAUGAUGGUCUAUACAGGGAAGCUCCGCCGUAAAGGGGUACCUUUUUAAGGCUUCAGGUAUAUGAAAGUUAAGGGGUUUCGCUUUUUGAAGUAUAUGAAAAAUAAAAAAUAAUAACAAAUUUUAAAAAAUGUGUAUGAAAGUGUAGGGAAAUUUGUAAUUUUGGUCUGUAAAAAGGUCCAGAAGGGCUAACAGAUUUAUUUUAUGACUAAGAAGAAGUCGAGAUAACGUUCUGGGUUUGUGAUUUAUUCAUGUUAAGGGACAAUGCUUUUACAGCAGUUGAAAGGGAUGCAAAUUUCUCAAACUGGGUUUGUGAAAGGGGUACCAUUUGUCAAUAAAAAAGGUACAUAGAAAAAAAAUAAGGAAAUCGCAUUGAGAUUUGUUGAUCAUGUUUUUCUCCUCAGCCACGUAGCCAAGUAUGAGUUUUGAUAAUUCAAAACUAGCUUAUUAGCGAAUCUAAUAAAAAAUAAAUAGACAAAGUACACAUUUUAAAUGUAAGAUUUUUUAGCAAGCACUUACCAGUGUAUAAAACCAAGUGCAUGGCCUUGUGCACACUUGUAUGAAGACGACUGUCUCUACGUUUCACUCCUAGCUACUCCUCCUGAGACUUAACUUUUCCCAUAGAAAGGCCUGAAAAUAACUGAAACUUUCCCCCAAUUAAGCGUUAACGUUGAAUGAUGGCGUAUUUUCCUCUUUUCUAGUCUUAG